AUGAGUGGAGUUCCAAAAUCCCAAAGACCUACUCUCAAAAUCAUUCUUGUUGGAAGUAGUGGUGUUGGCAAAACAUGUUUAACAUCAACCUAUUUCCGCCAAAGUUUUGAUUUUCAGACCCCUCCAACAGUUGCUCCAGCGUAUAGCUGUGCCGAUGUUAAAAAAUCAGACGGUACACCUGUUUCCUUACAGAUCUGGGAUACCGCUGGUCAAGAGAGAUACCAUUCAGUCAGUAAAUGCUUUUUCAGAGAUUCAGACGUUGCUUUCAUCUGUUUUGAAGCUGGAGAAUCAGAGUCUACAAAGGAAGUACCAAAUUGGAUCAAGAGAGUUCGCGAUGAAGUACCUUCCUGA